UCACCCCAUGCACGUACUAGAUCUGUGAUACACCCAGAUUUGAUGCGAGUAGAUAAAUACAAGGACUUUGGGUUUCUAUGGCAUACACAAGGUCCUUUCAGAGUCUUGUAAUAGUCUGGCAAAUACUGGGACUUACUGAACAUUUUACUAGAGUUUCAAAAUGACACAAUUGAUGCAAAUAUUUGGCCUGGUGAUGCUCGUCACGUUGUUCUGUUGUGCUACAGCAGAAGAGGAAGAAGGGGCCACACAAGAACAGCAACAAGCAGACAAAGAACAAUGGGCGAAACUAUUUCAGAUUCUUGAAAACCAACAGAAAGCUCAACAAACCACACAGCGACCACAACAGCAACCCAACAAACAACAGAAGCCCCCGCAGAAGUUUCCCCAGUCUAAGCCACAACCACAGCGACCACAGCAAGAGUGGCAGUGGCUGCAGCAGCAGCAGCAGAAUCAGUGGGCACAAAAAAAGCAACAGUGGCUCCAGUUUCUGAACCAGUGGUCCAGAGCUCAACUGCUGAGCUAUCUCCAGCAAUACUGGCAGUCUCAGGCGCGACCCAGUCCCCAAAAACCAGCAGUACAGAGGCAGGCACAGGCUCCAUCCAAAGCUUCAGAACAGGACUUGCUACUUGGCCUUUUGAAUCUUGAAAAUGCUUAAAUCAAUUUUAUAAAUCUCUCACUCUGGAUCUACAUUGCAGAUCUGCUCAAGUUUAUUUAUAAUGUGAUGUAUAAAUAUUUAUGACAAUCAUGAGAUUAAUUAAAUUAUAUAGUUU